GGGGGAAGACGACUGCUGUGGGUGUUCCCACCCCACUCCCUUCCCCAGGGGAUGGAAUCCACAUCUACCAGGAAUGAGGAUAAAAAGGGCAGCAGGAUGUCCCAAGCUGCAACUCCCUUGGAUGGAGGUCCGGUGAACAUGGGGAAGGUUUCAUUAUCCCGAUCUGAAGAAUUCCUGACCCGGAUCAGCACAGAACUCACCAAUGAGGCCUUGUUUAUCGCUGGCUGCCACAUGAACUCUGUGCCCAUCAAGGAAAAACAGACACAAGACCAAGGGACUCAGAUAUCCAAACAUGUGUUCUUCAAGACCCGAGGCACCGAUACCCGUUCUGACAGAAACCGUACCUGCACCAAGACACACCUCCUGCCAUCCUCUCGUGACAAGAACAUACAUCAGAGCUCCUCGUUCACAAGUCAUUAACACUUCAGUUUGCUGGAGAUGCCUGGACAUGAGCAGCAUCACACCCAAAGCCUCCCAGGUGUUCUGGAACCAUCUCACACCUCUCCACCCUCAGCUGGCAAGGACAUCACCAGAAAUCCAAGGCUUUAAUAAAAAGACAGGUCUUUCCCUCCUCCUAAACCA